AAAAGAGUGAAUAUCAACUGUUAGUGAAACAACCAACUGUUACAACUAGUGAAGGAACAUAUCGAGUAAUAUUAAAGAAUAAUCUUGGAGAAACGGAAUCAACACCAUGUGUAUUGACUGUAUUGGAACCAGUUAAAUUGACAAAGAUUGCUCCAACGCCAGAAGUAGUUGAUCUGAAAGUUGGUGAACCAUUUGAGAUCUCGUUUGACAUCGGUGGUAAAGAAGCACCUAAAGUACAGUUAUUGAAAGAUGGAAAAGAAGUGAAGUUCACAAGUGUUGAAGGUACACGACAUGUAUAUUCAGUUCCUGAAGUGAAACCAGAGCAUCAAGGUGUAUACAAACUGAUAGCAAAGAACAAAACAUCAGCUGAAGAGACAAACGUGACACUCAAUGUUACUGCACCACUGAGCGUAUCACAACCGUUAUCUGAUAUUAAUGUACUUCUUGGUCAACCUGGUACUUUCAAUCUAACAUGUGAUGCGUUUCCUACACCAAAAGUUACAUGGUUCUUCAACGAUACUGAACUGAAAAAUUCUCCAAAACACAAAAUUGAAACAAAACAAAAUGUAUUUUCUCUAACUGUUAACAAAUGUGAUCAUCCUGAUGUUGGCAUUUAUCGUGUACUCAUCGACAAUGGAAUUGAUCAUACUGAACAAACUGCUAAACUUCACGUCGGAGUGAAACCGAAAGUUGAAGCCGCAAAACCAGCCAAUGAUCAGACAUGCAUCAUCGGUCAAGAUACUCAAAUCUCAUGGAAAUUUAGUGGUGUCGAAAAACCUCAAGUAACUUGGCUCUCCAAUGGACAACCAUUACCCACUAAUGAACGCUUCCAAGUCACUGAAACUGAAGAUGGAACAUCAACAUUAUCUAUUCGACAUGCUGAACUUACUGAUAAAGGUGUUUAUACUGCUAAAGCAACAAAUGCAGUUGGUGAAGCUGAAGCUAAAACAACAUU